UGGAGUCCAGACGUUUGGAAAUACGUCGAUGCGUUUAAUUUUAAAAAAUAUAGUUCCGUGUAAAUAAAAUUCGCGCCUUUUUACCGCGCAUGCGUAUUGUUUCUGUCAAAGAGAAGCAACUGGCACGUAGGUUUGUGAAAGUAAAUAAUGAUAAUAUUUGGUUUAUAAUAUCAACAGUAUGUUAGUUAUUAAUUAAAAGUAAUUGGUGUUCAUAUAAAGACUGAUUAUUCUUCAAGUUUCGCUCAAAAAUGGUUAAACAGACUGCGGUCAUCGGCUUGGAUGCAAUCUUGGCGGAAUUGGGAUCUUUCGGAAAAUAUAAUCUAGUGAACUAUGCAUUUCUAUUAUUCCCUGUAUUUUUGGCGGGAAUAUACGGAUCAAUUUAUAUUUUUGAAGCCCCCGAUAUUAGUUACAGAUGUCAAAUUGAUGAAUGCGAAAACAAAAACAAUGACAGUUCAUGGUUAGCGUACGCUAUACCAAAAAAAAAUAAUGAAUUCUUAAAAUGCGAAAGGUACCCGUUUAGUAGCAAUGCAACAUUAAGUAACAUAACGUGUGCAGCCAACGAUUUUAAUACUUCCAGAACAGAAAAGUGUUCAUCAUAUAUUUACAGUGAUGAAGAUUCGGUUGUGAAAGAUUUUAAUUUAGGUUGUCAAACUUGGAAGAGAACUUUAGUAGGCACGAUACACAAUGCUGCUCUGUUCAUAUCGUUGCCUCUAACUGGACUAAUAUCAGACAGAUAUGGCAGAAGAUUAGCAUUGGCUGUCUCAUCACUCUGUAAUGGCUUGAUGGGACUAUUCAGAUCGUUCUCAAGCAAUUACGAGAUGCUACUGGUGUUUGAGUUUCUAGAACCAGCUUUAGGAGCUGGUGCCUAUAGUACUGCUUUUGUAUUAGCUAUGGAACUUGUCGGACCUAAAGGCAGAGUAUUUGGAAAUACUCUUAUAAACGUAGUAUAUGUUUUCGGCCUUAUAACCCUAGCCGCCCUCGCCUGGUGGCUACAGAACUGGCGACAUUUGCUUCAAGUUGUUUAUACACCAGCGAUACUCAUUUUCUCAUACCUCUGGAUUAUAAACGAAAGCGUCCGAUGGUUGCUCAGCAAAGGAAAGAACGACAAAGCAGUUAAAAUACUGAAUAAAGCCGCAAAAAUGAAUAAUGUAGUUUUGUCUGAUGAACUUUUAGCACCGCUAUAUGAAUUAGAGAAAAUACCAGCAUCUAAUGAUAAUGAAAAAGAUAAUUUAAGUGACUCUAAUAGAGACAAAAAUGACAAACAAUCUUCAACUCUGAUGCAAAUUUGUAAGUCUAGUAUAAUCAGGAAAAGAGUUGCUGUAUGUUCAUUUCUAUGGAUAACAUGUACAUUUGUAUAUUACGGACUUUCUAUUAAUUCUGUAUCAUUGGCUGGUAAUAAAUACGUUAACUUUAUGCUGGUGGCAUUUGUUGAGAUACCAGCUAAUUUUGUGUGCCUUCUGGUAUUAGAUAGGUAUGGAAGAAAGAAGACUCUGAUCUUGACAUACGUCCUCAGCGCUUGCCUUUGUAUCAGUCUAUCAUUUUUGCCCAAAGAUCAAAAAUGGUGGUCAUUAAUCUUGUAUCUCGCUGGAAAGUUCUCGAUUACGGUGUCAUACAGUUCUGUCUACAUUUAUGUGUCGGAAGUGUUUCCCACUAGCGUGAGACAAUCAUUAUUAGCUAUAUGUUCAUCAACAGGCAGAAUUGGUUCAACUUUAGCACCACAAACUCCACUUCUGGCGCAAUAUUAUGACAACUUGCCAUCGAUAUUCUUCGGGAGCAUAGCGUUGGUUGCCAGUAUUUUAGUGUUCACCCUACCAGAGACAAUUAACAUGCCAUUACCUGACACUAUAGAGGAAGCGGAACAAUUAUCAAAAAGAAAACAGCCCAAAAAUCAACCAUAAAGCAAGAUGAUACCUGUACACAAAUACGUUACAAAAUGAUAAUGUCUAUGGUCAGUGGUGUCUGGCCAGUUACAAAUCGUAUAGUGUAAUAUUUACCUAUGUUUUGUGGUACCAUAGCACACGGAAUUUCUGAAUUAAAUAGAACUUCUCUUAAGGGUGACCCUAGAUGUCUAUGUUCAGUGGUUUUUUGACCAAUUACAAGUCGUAUAAUGUAAUAUGCACCUAUAUUUUAUUGUUCAAUAGCACCUAGAAUUU